AUGAUGUUAAGGCUCUCUGUAAAAAAGAGAUGCAUGAGUCGGACUAUACCGAGAAUAUCAGGGUUGCAGGGAUCGAUAUAUAGCUCGCGAAAUAUAUUCGUAGUUAGAUCACAGAAAGGUAAGCCAACAUUGAGGAAAUCGAAAGGUUCUAACGAUGGCGGUGCAGUAAAUAAUAAGGAAAAAUUGAGCGAGUGGGUGGAUUCAGACUUUGAACGUAAAAUGAAGCAACAGGAAGUAGAAUAUGAAAGAAGGUUGAAAGAGUUGAAAUCAUUAACCGCAAGUGUGGCUCGAAUAAUUAAGAAAAAGGAAGAUAUUGAAAAGCUUCAAGAAAUUCCCAUGCCAUCUGAGGUGAAUAGAGAUGCGGAAAAGAUAUAUGGCUCGCUCGAAGUCGGUAAAGAAAAGUUAGCUUCAUUGCCUGAAAAUAGUCCUAGCCUUAGUGGUAUCGAAAAACAGCCAGAGCCAUUUAAUGCGUCAAAUCACUCGUUAAUUACACCAGCAAUAGAUAUGCCCGAGUCCAUUACGAAGAGGUUAGGGUUAGCUAUCAAGUUUUUGGUUUCUAAGACAAAUAUUAAUUGGACUAUGGUGUUGCAACAACUCAAAGAAGGUGGAGGAUUCCAAGGUUUACCGGAAAGAGACAUUAGAAUGUUCAUUUACUCUAUACCGAAAGAGCAAAUCAGCCAUCUCAUACCCGUGUUAGAACAGCUUCUAGAAGAAGGUAAUGUGAAAAAGUCUUCUAAGAUUAUAAACGUCUUCAUCGCAGGUUUAUCACAUGGGGGGUACUUAUCGGAUGAAAGCAUAGCUCAAAUUGAGCAAUAUUGUAAUCAUAUAACUAAAAUCAAUAAAAAGGGAAAACUAUCAAGGGAAACGUACGAGUUAAUGAUUCAAGCCUAUGGUAAAAAUAACAAUCUAGAGAAGAUUAACAUGUGCUUGAGUGAGAUGAAACAAAAUAAGUUGGAACCUUCACAGAAGACGUUUUCCAACAUCUUAUCUACAUGUGUUUAUAAAGCUAAUGAUCAUAAACAAGCUGUUGAAAUUUUUGAUUCCAUGAAAUUUUUAUCUCAAAAGACAAAACCAGAUACAAGGGCAUACCAAGAUAUUAUCGUAUCAUAUGUAAAUAACGAUAACAUCGAAAAAGCAUUAGAUUUAUAUAGAGAGAUGAUUACGGAAAAAAUUGAGAUAAACCAAAGAAUAAUGGUUGCAUUAGCUCGUGGAUGUACAUCCAGGCCAGAGUUGCGUUUCAAAGCAUGGGAUUUUAUUUUCGAUAUCUAUAAUAACAACUGGGAACCAACAUUGAACACGUUUGAAUAUAUGCUUUACUUAUCUGCGAAAGAUGGUGAUGUUGCGCUUUCUAGAGCAUUUUAUAGCAAAUUGAAUGAAUCCAAUGCUAUCACCCCAAGAUCAUUCUCCUUUUUAUUACUAGCAUACUCCAAAAGUCAAGUUUCUCAGCCAGGCCAAUCAAUUGAGUUGCCUCCGAUCACUUUCCACGAAAAGGGAAGAAAUUUUAGAAGAAAUAUUCUUUCAGACGUAAACUUGUUCCCAGCUUCUGCACAAAAUGGUAUUCCAUUCUUGCCCGUUCUUGACUUAACAUCUAAGGAGGAAAUUAUGGCGGAGUCUAGUGCUAUGUGGGCACACACUUUAAUGUUUAAUCCGCUGUUUGUCAAUACUGACUGCGCUAAUACGUUUUUAAACAUUGCAGCAGUAAUGGGUAGAUUAAAUGACUUCAUAGACAGAUAUGAUAGCUCGACAUUCCUUGAUAGGACAGGAUUAUCGAACGAUACAAGGAUAAUUAUUGAAGAGCUUCCUGACUCUAUAUCAUCAAACACUGAUAUUUCUCAAACAGAUGGUGAAUCAGUUUCUAGUGUGCAAAGUAAAUUUGAUGAAAUGUCUAUCACAAAGUCUCCACUUUUAAAGGAUGUUGGUAGUAAUAUUGGUUUAGGAAAUAGAAAGAUUUCGCGUACGUCCUUGUCGUACGUUAUAGCGUUGAAAGCUGCUGCAAGAUUUAAAAAUUAUAAAUUUGCUCAAAGGAUUUGGUCAGAAAGAGGGACAUUUAGAAAAACUUCAAAUUUUAAAGACCUAUCCCGUUCAACCAAGGACGCCCUUGAUUUUCAGUUCGCAAAUGCGAUGGUUUCAUGUUUGACAAAGAUGAAUUUGCUAGAUGACGCUUUAGCAAUAUUAUUGAGUACAGAAUAUCAAUUCAAGUGGACUUGGAAAGAACUAAGGGAAUUGUACCAAGCCGCCUCCGAUAUCGAUCAUAGUGAUGCCUGUAAAAGUAUUAGAGGGAUUGCUAAGCGGGCUCAAAUCAAUUAUGAAGGUAAAAUUAGACGUAAGGAUUUUAAGAGGUACGUCAUGGAACGUGGAUAUUAA